AUGUUCACUUCAGUGAAGGCCUUCGAGGGGCAGCAGUACUCCACCCUGAAGAGGCAGUGCUUGCAGAGUGGCCUGCUCUUCGAGGACCCCCGCUUCCCUGCCAUUGACGACUCGCUCUUUUACCAGGGUAACAGGAUUGGACGUGUCGUCUGGAAGAGGCCUCGGGAGCUGUGUGAAGACCCUCACCUGUUUGUAGAUGGCAUCAGUGCACACGACCUACAUCAGGGGCAGCUGGGUAACUGCUGGUUCGUAGCGGCGUGUUCUAGUCUAGCCUCCAGAGAGUCUCUGUGGCAAAAAGUCAUUCCUGACUGGAAGGAGCAGGAGUGGGAUACGGAAAAACCAGACUCCUACGCUGGGAUUUUCCACUUUCGCUUCUGGCGCUUUGGCGAGUGGGUGGAUGUGGUGAUUGACGACCGGCUACCGACAGUGGACAACCAGCUGGUCUACUGCCACUCCAACGACAGCAACGAGUUCUGGAGCGCCCUGGUGGAGAAGGCCUAUGCCAAGGUUUAUGGCUGCUAUGAGGCUUUGGACGGGGGAAACACAGCUGAUGCGCUGGUGGACUUCACAGGUGGUGUUUCUGAGCCCGUGGACCUGCUGGAGGGUCAGAUGGCUACAGACGAGGCGGCUCGUAACCAGCUGUUUGAAAGAGUUCUCAAAGUCCACAACAGAGACGGCCUCAUCAGCUGCUCCAUCAGGGCGACCACGAUAGAAGACAUGGAGGCUCGGCUGGACUGCGGUUUGGUCAAAGGCCACGCCUACGCCGUGACAGACGUACGGAAAGUGCGGCUAGGUCACGGACUGCUGGCCUUCUUUAAGUCGGAGAAGCUGCACAUGAUCCGUAUGAGGAACCCCUGGGGGGAGAAGGAGUGGAGCGGCCCCUGGAGCGACAGUUCGGAGGAGUGGAACAAGGUGAGCAAGAGUGAGAGAGAGAAGCUGGGUGUCACUGUGCAGGACGAUGGCGAGUUCUGGAUGACAUUUGACGACUUCUGCCAGUACUUCACUGACCUCAUCCUGUGCCGCCUCAUCAACACCUCCUACCUGAGCAUCCACAAGACCUGGGAGGAGGAGGUGAUGAGGGGCUCCUGGGUCCACCGCCAGGAUCCCCUUCGCAACCGGUCUGGAGGCUGUAUCAAUCACAAGGCCACCUUCCUGCAGAACCCUCAGUAUGUGUUUGAUGUGAAGAAGGUGGAGGAUGAGGUGCUGAUCUGCUUACAGCAGAAAGAGAAAAGAGCCACACCCAAAGAGGGCAAAGGGGAAAACCUUGCUAUAGGCUUCGAUAUUCACCAGGUGGAGCUAAACCGGAAGUACCGUAUGCACUCAGCCCAGCAGAAAGUAGCGGGCUCCAUCUACAUCAACUCACGUUGCGUCUUCCUCAGGAAGGAGCUGAAGGAGGGCCGCUACGUCAUCAUUCCCACAACCUUUGAUCCCGGGCAGCAGGGCGACUUCCUGCUCCGUGUCUUCACUGAUGUGCCUUCAGACUGCAAAGAGCUGACUCUGGACGAGCCUCCUCAAACGUGUUGGACGGGGAUGUGUGGCUACCCUCAGCUGGUCACUCAGGUCCAUGUACUGAACGCUGAGGGUCUGCAGGGACAAGAUUCCAAUGGAGGUAGGAAUCCCUACGUGAUCAUCACCUGUGAAGGAGAGAGGGUUCGUUCACCAGUUCAUAAGGACACACGGUGCCCAAACUUUGACAUCAAAGGCCUGUUUUACCGCAAGAAACCCAAGGAAGGAAUCCACAUUGAGAUCUACAACAAGAACAUGAUCGUGGACACCUUCCUGGGUCAGGUGAUCUUGUUCAGCGACCCCAACGAGCGUCAGGAGCAGCACACGCUUCACCUGCGCGACAAGGGCAGUCGCCAGGACAACGACCUGCCGGGCACGCUCACUGUGCGCCUCAUCACUUCCACCACGCUCACCAACAUCUGA